UCAAUGAUUUGAUACACACAUGAGCUAUUCGAUGUUUUUUCUUUUGAAAAAAAAAGCACAUAGAAAAUUUGAAAAACAAACAAACAUCCAAGUUCAAACCAAAUCCAACAAUGACCAAUUUGUUUUUGGAGAAAAACAAAUAAAAGAGAAAAAAAAAAACUCAACUUUUUUUCUUUCCAGAUAAGCAAAGCACUAACAUUGACUAUUGACUCAAGUGAAAGAUUGAUUAUCCCACGGACUCUCAGUUUUCUUCAAAAUAUCUGAAAGGGAAGAAUUCAGUCAAAAAAAUGAAAAUCCCUAAAAUAAGAGGAUAAAAGGGAGUUGAUUUUUAUUGAUUUUUGAAGUGUAUAACAAACAAAGAUGGAUUCAUAUAGUCAAGUGGAGUCAACUCUCAAGGAAGUACUUGAUGUGAUCAAGCCCCUGCGUGAUGAUUGGGUUACACGGUUUAAGAUCAUUGAUGAAUUGCGUGAAGUUGUUCAAUCUAUGGAAAGUUUAAGAGGUGCAACUGUGGAGCCAUUUGGAUCCUUUGUGUCUAAUCUCUUCUCGCGAUGGGGAGACUUGGAUAUUUCUAUUGAGUUACCUUAUGGUUCAUAUGUUUCAUCUGCUGGAAAGAAGAGGAAACAGAGUCUACUGGGAGAAUUACUAACAGCUUUAAGACGGAAAGGUGGAUGGCAGAGGUUGCAAUUUAUUCCCAAUGCAAGAGUUCCCAUUUUGAAAAUUGUGAGCAAAUGGCAGAACAUUUCUUGUGAUAUUUCAGUCGAUAAUCUGCAGGGCCAAAUAAAAUCCAAAUUCUUAUUUUGGCUCAAUGAGAUAGAUGGUCGCUUUCGAGACAUGGUUUUACUGGUGAAGGAAUGGGCCAAGGCUAAUGGCAUUAAUAAUCCAAAAUCAGGGACAUUCAACUCCUAUUCCCUCAGUUUGAUGGUUAUCUUCCAUUUUCAGACAUGUGUGCCUGCAAUUUUACCUCCUUUGAAAGAUAUAUACCCAACAAAUGUUAUGGAUGAUCUUACAGGUGUGAGAGCUGAUGCAGAGAGACGCAUUGCACAAGUAUGUUCUUCUAACAUUGACAGGUUUAGAUCAAGCAGAACCCCAAAUCCAAGUUCUUUGUCUGAACUGUUCAUUUCCUUUAUUGCCAAGUUUUCAGACAUACAUUCGAAGGCCUCGGAGAUGGGAAUCUGCUCGUUUACGGGACGGUGGGAGUAUAUAAGAAACAAUACAAGAUGGUUGCCCAAGACUUAUGCAAUAUUUAUUGAAGAUCCUUUUGAACAGCAAGAAAAUGCUGCUAGGGCUGUCAGUCAGAAACAACUGAUAAAGAUAUCUGAAGCAUUUGAGACAACUCGUCGAUUGCUUAUCUCAGCCAAUCCGAGCCAAAGUGCUCUCCUCCCUACAUUAGCUGGGCCACAAACAUCCAGAUAUAUUUUAAAUCAUUCAAUCAGUUACUCAAGCAACAAUGGUGGGCAAUACCUGAAUGCAAAUCUACAGGUGCACCGGGCUGUGCAUUCACCUUUGCAAAUGCAGCAUCAAGCUCAGAAAAUGGUGAUGCCCUCAACAUCUAAAGUGCAACCUCUAUUUCAGAAACCAAGGGUGGAAAGUAGAAGGCCACAACAUCAAUUUCAGAAACCAACACCAACACUGGCUCCCUCAUUGACACCCUCGGUCUCACAAGUACAACCUCAGUUUCAGAGAUUUCAGAAACCGACACCGGCAUCCUCACCAACACCCUCAGUCUCACAAGUGCAACCUCAGUUUCACAGAUUUCAGAAACAGACACUGACACCCUCACCAACACCCUCAGUCUCACAAGUGCGACCUCAGAUUCAGAGAGCAAGGCCGGAAAGUUCUCCAGGCUAUUUUGCCACUCAAAGGCCUUUUCAGCUACACCAAAAUCAAGGGAAGAUGUGGAAACCAAAAUCUGACAAUUAGAGAUCAUUGAUCAAAUUGAAAAUCUAUUGUGUAACUUGAGAGUAAGACUCAACAUUCAAGAUCUCAAAUUUUAUUUUGCCUGAAAAACCAAUGUUAUGGAAAGUGGUUAGAUGUCUGAGAGCA